CUAACAAAAAAAUUCACUCAAAAUACGUCUAUCUAAUGCGGAGUACUCCUUAUUCCUUAAUCCGCUAAUCCAGAUCGACCCCCUCACAUCAUCUUCAGGCUUCUUGGCCUCUGCAAUCUAGAGUUGCCUUUCCACUUUCGUAAGGUCUAAUUUCUACCGUUAGGCGUUCGGCAUUCCAACGGAUCGGAAUCAUCUUUCAUCAGACUUCUACAUCCACGCUGCCACGCCUCCACGGCCUUCCUUAUUAGAGAGUUGAGGGCUGCCGGCUUCAACCGUUCAGCGCCAACAUGCCUCCGCCCUCUGACCGCGACGAUUGACGACUAGGCGACUGGCGGUGGCGACGUCACUCCGAUCAAAAUUUGCACUGUGGCACAUUUGAACAAUCAAGCUCAUAGGAGGUCGGAGGAUAAUCGAACUACUAUAAAUAGCUAUUGCUUGUUCUGUUGGAUCUACUCGAGCUUUCUUGGAGAUUCAACUUUGACCCAAUCAUGAAUCCCUUCUCAUCCGGCACCCGUCUUAGGGACAUGAUUCGUGCCAUACGUGCAUGUAAAACUGCAGCGGAAGAGCGUGCUGUAGUUAGAAAGGAGUGUGCGGCAAUUCGAGCAGCAAUCAGUGAAAAUGAUCAAGAUUAUAUGCAUCGCAAUCUUGCAAAGCUCAUGUUCAUUCACAUGCUAGGCUAUCCCACACACUUCGGUCAAAUGGAAUGUCUGAAAUUAAUUGCAUCUCCAGGAUUCCCUGAGAAAAGAAUAGGAUAUCUUGGCCUUAUGUUGCUUCUUGAUGAAAGGCAAGAAGUUCUAAUGUUGGUCACCAACUCGAUAAAACAAGAUCUUAAUCACACAAAUCAAUAUAUUGUUGGACUAGCUCUUUGUGCACUGGGAAAUAUCUGCUCUGCAGAAAUGGCACGUGAUCUUGCCCCAGAAGUAGAAAGAUUGCUUCAGUUUAGAGAUCCAAAUAUUCGUAAAAAAGCUGCAUUAUGCUCUAUAAGGAUUGUGAAGAAAGUUCCAGAUCUCGCUGAAAAUUUUAUAAACCCUGCAGCCUCCUUACUGAAAGAGAAGCAUCAUGGAGUUCUAAUAACUGGUAUCCAGCUAUGUACAGAUCUGUGUAAAGUCAGCACGCAGGCUCUUGAACAUUUUAGAAAGAAAUGCACAGAUGGUUUAGUCAAAGUUCUAAAGGACAUUGUGAAUAGUCCUUAUGCACCUGAGUAUGACAUAUCUGGGAUAACAGAUCCUUUUCUUCAUAUUCGAUUGCUCGAGCUGUUGCGUGUCUUGGGACAAGGUGAUGCUGAUGCAAGUGAUUCUAUGAAUGACAUUUUGGCUCAGGUAGCUACGAAAACUGAAUCCAACAAGAACGCGGGCAAUGCCAUCUUGUAUGGGUGUGUUGCAACAAUUAUGAGCAUUGAAGAUAAUGGUGGAUUACGUGUUCUUGGCAUCAAUAUCCUGGGGAGAUUUUUAUCCAACCGUGACAAUAAUAUAAGAUAUGUGGCACUGAACAUGCUGAUGCAAGCAGUUACGGUGGAUAGUCAAGCAGUGCAGAGGCAUCGAGCUACAAUUUUAGAAUGUGUGAAGGAUUCAGACCCUUCAAUUCGCAAAAGGGCCCUUGACCUCGUUUAUCUUCUAAUCAAUGAAAGCAACGUAAAGCCUUUGACCAAGGAACUUAUUGAAUAUCUGGAAGUGAGUGACCCAGAUUUUAGGGGAGAUCUUACUACCAAAAUUUGCUCCAUAGUGGAAAAGUUUUACCCGGAUAAAAUUUGGUACAUCGAUCAGAUGCUCAAGGUUCUAUCUGAGGCUGGAAGUUAUGUUAAGGAUGAAGUUUGGCAUGCCCUUAUAGUUUUGAUUACCAAUGCUCCCAACCUCCAUGGAUAUGCUGUACGGUCUUUAUAUGGAGCGUUGCGAACUGCAGGAGAACAGGAAAGUCUUGUCCGAGUUGCAGUUUGGUGCAUUGGAGAAUAUGGAGAAAUGUUGGUUGCAAAUAAAGGAAUGCUUGAUAUAGAAUUGCCUGCUACUGUAACUGAAUCUGAUGCAGUUGAUGUUGUAUUGACUGCACUCACAAGCCAUUCUGCUGACCUCACUACUCGAGCCAUGUCUCUGAUUGCUUUAUUGAAGCUUUCAAAUCGUUUUCCAUCUUGUUCUCAGAAGAUUAAUGACAUUAUAACUCAAUAUAAGGGAAGUUUUGUGCUUGAACUUCAACAGAGAGCGAUUGAGUUCAAUUCUAUUAUUUCGAAGCACCAGAAAAUAAGGCCUAUAUUAUUAGAAAGGAUGCCAGUCCUAGACGAAGCAACCUUUAGUGGAAGGAGGGCUGGUUCUGUGGCAGCAACUGUCUCCACUUCACAAGGACCAUCUGCUAAAGUUCCAAAUGGGCUUGACAAACCAGUUUCUGCUCCUCUUGUGGAUUUACUUGAUCUUAGUUCAGAUGAUGCUAAAGCACCUAGCUCUUUUGGUGGGGAUUUUCUUCAAGACCUCCUUGGAAUUGAUUUGUCACCAGCUGCUGCUCAACCAGGUUUAAAUCAUGUAGAAAAAAGUGGGACCGAUGUUCUGCUGGAUCUCCUGUCAAUUGGAACAUCUCCAGUUCAAGACAGUAGUAGUCCAUCUACACCUCAGCUCCCAACCACUAAAAGUUCAUUAGACCUAUUAGAUAGGUUGUCUUCACCUUCUGCACCUUUGGCACGAACUUCAUCACCUGCUGGAAGUUCUAUGAUGAUGGACUUGUUGGAUGGGAUCCCUCAAAGUCCCACUACCGAAAGCAGUGGUCCCAAAUUUCCGAAAAUUGUUGCAUUUGAGAGCACUUCUUUGAAAUUAACUUUUAACUUCUCAAAGAAGCCAGAGAAUCCUCAAACAACGCUGAUUGAGGCUAAUUUUACAAACAAGUCGCAAAAUGUAUUCACUGACUUCAUUUUCCAGGCUGCAGUCCCAAAGUUUCUUCAACUGCAUUUGGAUCCAGCCAGCAGCAACACACUGCCUGCUAUUGACAAUGGAUCAGUUACCCAGAAUUUAAGAGUCACAAACAGCCAGCAUGGCAAGAAAUCCCUUGUUAUGCGGGUAAGGAUAUGUUAUAAGGUGAAUGGCAAGGAUGUUUUGGAAGAAGGACAGAUCAACAACUUCCCACAUGGGUUGUAAUGAGAAUUCGUUUCCGUCACUGUAGAAACGUACCUGUUCGCCAUUUCAUAAAUUUCUUGUGCAAUUUUUUAAAAUUGUUUUGCUCAGCGUAAUGCGGCUUGUGCUGGUUUGGUUGUUAGAUCAUGGAGUUUUCCCCGGAGAUUACAUGUAUACCAGUCGAAGUAUUUACUAGGAACAUUUUUUGUUCAAUAUAUCUCACCUAAAAAAGAAAUCACGGGCCUUUUAUGUAUUUUUUUGUUUAAACAAUUUACGAGUGUUGUUAUAUUUGCCAGAUAUGAAAGGAAUUCUGGUUUCAUGAAGAAUUGUACUAUCGGGUCGUUUGGGAAGAAUUC